AUGAAGCCUAGCGUGACAACCAUCAUCGGUGCCUGCGUGGCCGCCUCGAAAUGCCUGGCCACAAGCACGAUCAGCCCUGAUCUGGUUGAGGCCGAUAUAACCACCGCGGAGUUGGAGCAGAUCCUCUCAGACCUGAAUGACAUUGGCGAUGCGAACGGCGGCAACAGAGCCUUUGGCCUGCCCGGCUUCAAGGCCAGCGUGGACUACGUGCUCGAGAGGCUGGGCGCACAAAACGCCCUCACUAACGACACCUCCAAGCUCGACACGUGGGUGCAACCCUUCAACCACACGUUCGAGCAGACCCGGGAGAUCAGUGUCACCGGCCCCGAAGGAGAAGAUGUCUACGUGCUCACGCUGCUGUACAACGCUGCCACUCCCGUCCCGGACGGUGUCACAGGUGCCCUGGUCGAUACGCCAGUCGACGACGUGAGGGGAUCCGGCUGCUUCGCUGACCAGUGGGAAGGGGUCAACGCCACGGGCAAUAUCGCCCUCGUGAAACGGGGUGUCUGCGCCAUCGCGGACAAGCUGAAGCUGGCGAAGACGGCCGGCGCUGUGGGCGCGCUCGUCUACCAGCCGCAGCCGGGCACGAACUUCUCCUCAGCUACACUUUCAGCUGAGAACAUCGGGCUGCUGGUUCCCGCUGGUCUGAUUCCGCUUGAGGUGGCACAGGCCUGGCAGGAGCGUCUGGCUGCUGGUGAGGAGGUCACUGUGAACCUGCUGGUGGACUCGAUUUUCGAUACCCGCGAGACGUGGAAUGUGUUCAGCGAGACCAAGGAGGGUGAUCCCGACAAUGUGAUUGUCCUCGGCGCGCAUCUCGACAGCGUGCAGGCUGGGCCCGGUGUCAACGACGACGGUAGUGGGACAUCUGGUCUGUUGACAAUCAUCAACAGUGUGACGAAGUACACCGGACUGAAAAACAAGAUCCGCUUCGCUUGGUGGGGAGCCGAGGAGAGCGGCCUGGUUGGCAGUCUAUAUUACACGCGGAACCUACCCGCCGAGGAGGUCAACAAGAUCAAGUACUACUUCAACUACGAUAUGAUAGGAUCGCCGUACCCGGUGUUUGCUAUCUACCAGAGUGAGAACAGCGGUGGACCUGCGGAAGAUUUGCUGGAGUAUCUCACGGCCCAAGGCAAAGACGCGUAUUUUGGAUCAUUCGGAACUGGCUCCGACUACGUCGGUUUCCUCCAGCUUGGCAUACCAUCGAGCGGCAUUUUCACCGGCGCCGGUGCUCCCACAGACCCUUGCUACCAUCUUGCCUGCGACACUAUCAACAAUAUUGACUUCGACGCCAUCACCGUCAACACCAAGGCCGCAGGCAGACUGGCUGCCCAAUUGUCGCUGUCGCUGGAUGGAGUCCCGAGCAGGAACACCACUUCCGCGAAUUUGAGGGGCAGGAUGAAGAUCACCGACAGCUUUCAGAAGUGGGCGAGGGCUGAAGAGCGUGUGGUUCUGCAGAAAUCGUGCUCGCAUGACGCCCAAAACCAGUUGAUAUAA